CUCCUUUCUCAUGAUACCGUGGCUUCCAUGAUACCGGUGUAAACAGUUUUCUCGCGAGACUUUUAGUUUAGCCCCGCCUACCGGAUGUUGACAUAAUUACUGGAGCAGACCAGAAGCCGCUCUUCCAUAUUGCAUAAUUUUUUGCGAAAAUGUCAGGAUUACUGGAUCCUCCAGUAAAGAAAAGAAAACUCCAGUAUGAUAGAUCUAAUCUUCAGAGAGCAUUCGAAGCUACACAGAAAGGUUUAUCGGUGUAUAGAGCUGCAAGAGAGUAUUCAGUGCCAGAGUCAACGUUAAGAGACAGAACUUGUGGACUUGUUGCUCUGGAUGUUACGAUAGGCUUUGACACUAUAUUUUCUAAAGAUGAAGAGGAAAGGUUGGUAAAUCACAUCACUUACAUGGCAGGGAUAGGGUAUGGAUACAGUGCAUCUUCAAUUAAGUAUAUGGCAAAGGACUAUGCAGACUCAUUAGGCAAGAAUGUAAAGGCAAAGGAAGCUCUAAGCAACAACUGGUUUUACAGUUUCAUUAAGAGGUGGCCUAAUCUUGCAGUUGUAAAACCUCAAAAGCUGUCCAUAGCACGAGCUAAGUCUGCCUCCAGGGAGACAUUGAACAACUAUUACAAAGAAUUAGCAACUGUUCUGACAACUAAUCACCUUAGGGACAAACCCCAAAAUAUAUACAAUGUGGAUGAAACAGGGGUAAAUAGUGAGCAUUCUCCGCCGAAAGUUGUUUGUGAUAAGAACACAGUACCUCAAAACAUUACCUCAUCUAGAUCAUCUACAGUUACAAUAAUUGCUGCUGGAAAUGCACUGGGCAGUAGUAUUCCCCCAUAUUAUGUUUUUCCAGGCCAGCGAUGGAAUCCGGAAUUUCUGAAUGGAGCCUGCCCUGGUGCUGACGGGGAGAUGUCCAAAACAGGCUGGUCGAAUUCCAAUGUCUUCCAGAACUAUCUGACUAAACAUUUUGCUACAUAUGUUAAGCUUAGUGAAGACAGGUCAAGCACGCCAACAUUGAUACUAUAUGAUGGACACAGGUCCCAUAUAUCACUCACUUUAACUGAUUGGGCAAGAAAGUACAAUGUCAUCUUGUUUGUUCUGCCGCCACAUUCCAGUCAUGUGACUCAACCUUUAGAUGUUGCAGUGUUUGGUCCAUUUAAGUCCAUGUACUACACAGAUUGUCAGGCAUACAUGAGAAGGAACCCUGGAGCAAAUAUUACCAAAUACCAGAUUGCAGAACUUACUGCUACACCAUAUCUCAAAGCAUUGUCUGCUACCAAUCUAAUCUCAGCCUUCAGGCGCACUGGUAUACAUCCGUUUGACAAUAAAGCUAUUUUAGACUCUCAAGUAGCCCCAUCUGUAAUAUACUUGAAUGAACAAUCACAGGAUACCAGUGAGAAAACUGAACCAGAAAAUCCACAUAGCACCUCUGAAGCUAGCGAAUGUUUGGAACUUAGUUCUGAAGUCACCUCUCAUGAGUUGCCGCAGUCCACUUCAGACUUUUUCCAGAAAAGGACAAUAACUCAGGCUAUUCCAAAAAAGCCAAAAAGGAAAUUUGUUCCACCUUUCUUGGCAGGCAAUCUGUUGAAAAAAUCAAAUACAGAUAUUUUGUCAUCUUCUGCUGAGAAAACAAAAGAGUGUUGUGAUAGUUUAAAGAAAUCCAGUGUGAACAGUCAGCAGAAGAAAGCUAUGAAGAAACCUGGUGUAAAUAAUCAGCCUAAGAAAGCUAAAAGUUCAGUCAAAAUUCAAAAAGUAAAUGAAGAGCCAAAACCAAGUACAUCAGGCACAAGUAACAAAGGGAAGCCACUCAGUUUGAUAUCAGAGGAUAGUUCAGAUAGUGAUAUUGAUACAGAAGUUUCAGAGGAAGAGAAAUGUUGUGUUUGUGGUAACUGGGAGCCUGAUGAAUUGAAAGGAUCAGUUUACAUAACACUAGUUAAUUGGGGAAAGUGUGACUUUUGUGAACACUGGACGCAUUUGAAGACAUGCUCCAAGAUUAGAGUGUUGAGAAGAGACAGUGUGUUUUGAUGUCCACACUGCCUCAGUGAAAAUGAGUAAAUGAUUUCACAGACAAUGACAAUGUAAAUAUGUUAUUUUACAGUUACAGAUUGUUCAGUGUUCCUUUUGUGUUGAAUUAACUUUUUCAAAUUGUCUGAAAAUAUUAACUGUAAACUAUCCUGAAGUAUUCAGAAAUAUUAACAUUACUGUGUAUCAGGCUUUCCAUAGUUGACACUUUUUUAUGGUUGCACCGGUAUCGUGGGAAACAACUUUUGACUGACAGAAUUCAACAUGGCGUCACAAUCAGCGGGAUUUCAUAAACAGUAAUCAGGUAAUUAAAGUUUUCAAUUUAUUAGAAUAAAGAGGAAGAAUGAAGGUAACAGCAAAGAUAUAAAAAUCUAAGGUCA